AUGCCGAGCCGCCGGGACUGCACUGACAUGAGUCAAGAAUGGUGGACUGCCUUGCGUCACUCAACUUGUUCGUCCGAGUGCUAUGACUUCAGCGAUGAUGACCUUGAGGGCCAGCACCAGGUCAUCCACAUGCUCAACCAGGAUGCCACAAGUGUGGUGGGAUCCUGUGUCCAACAAGAGGGCAAUCACCAAUAUGAGUGGAGCACACGGAGGAGGAUGGUGAAUAAACUGAGGAAGCCAGUGGUGGUUUUGCAAGAUUCACCUGCUGGUUCGGCCACACGCGGCAGUGGCCAUGCGCAGCGUUCGAGGAAAACAUGUCAUGACAGCAACCAGCAGAAGACAUGCUGUCCUCAGUGCCAGCAAUCGUGCAGGAGACUGGCACUACAGUGCCACAAACAGCAGAAACAGAUCAGCUCCCAGGCACUGAGACUUGGGGGGCAGACAGCAGCAGUGAGGGCAAUGGAGGAGGCCUUACAAAGCAAGGAUGCUGCCCUGGCGAUGCUGCAACAGGCCUUGGACGACAAGACUGUGGCACUUGCACGUAUGCGUGCAGCGCAAAGGCUUAAACCAAGGCAGCGGACCAGAAGCAUGACUGCAAUGAAGAGUGCACUGGGUAAAGAGUCUGAACUUGCAACGAAAGUGAAGCUUCUGGAGAGCCAGGCAAGGAGGCAGAGGCUGUGCACAACCGCCUGUCCAAGCUUCAGACAUUCGUCCGUGAGGAGCGCAAACAAAGAAUUGCCACAGAAAGGGAACUGCGGCAAGAACGGAAGCUGUCUGCUGCAUUGCGUCAGCACAUAA